AAAGACAGUAUGAACUUUACCCCAACACAUACUCCUGUCUGCAGAAAGCCGACGACUGUCUCCAAACAUGGUACUGCCUGUGGCUUCAGUGGUUCCAGCAGGUGGAAGGGAGUGUCUUUCUCAGACUCAGUGGAGUCAACCCCCUUGCCUUCCAUUGAAGAUCGCCUGGCCAUCCUCUGCCCUUCUCAGGAGCUUCUGGAAUAUUAUCAAAAGAAGAUGGCUGAGUGUGAGGCAGAAAAUGAAGACCUGCUGAAGAAACUGGAACUGUACAGAGAAACUUGUGAAAGACAGCACAAACUAGAAUGGGAUUUGCAGCAGAGGGAGGAGGAGAUUGCUGAGCUGCAGAAAGCUCUGAGUGAUAUGCAGGUCUGCCUCUUCCAGGAACGGGAGCAUGUUCUGCGCCUCUAUUCAGAAAAUGACCGGCUGAGAAUCAGGGAGCUAGAAGACAAGAAAAAGAUUCAGACUCUUUUGGCUCUUGUGGGAAAAGACACUGGAGAAGUGACCUAUUUUUAUAAGGAGCCUCCCAACAAAGUAAAAGAGCUAAGUAAAGGUCUUGAUUCAUUUUUGUUUUGUCUUUUAGAUUGUAAAGUAAGCAAAAGAAAACCAGCACUGAGAGAGAAGGAAGAAAGUUCUGAGCAAUACCAAAGAGAUGAUAUACAAACACUGAUCCUACAGGUGGAAGCACUGCAGGCUCAGCUGGAAGAACAGACCAGACUUUCUAGAGAGCAAGUUGAAGGGCUCAUGGAGGACAGACGGAUUCGCCUUGAGGAAAUACAAGUUCAUCACCAGAGAAAUCAGGACAGAGUCAAAGAGCUUAUCAAAAAUCUCCAUCGCACCCAGGAACUGCUCUAUGAAAGCACCAAAGACUUUCUGCAACUCAGAUUUGAAAACCAAAAUAAGGAGAAGUCAUGGAUGCUUGAAAAGGAUCAUUUGAUGUCAAAAAUUAAGCAAUACAGGGUACAGUGUAAGAAGAAAGAAGAUAAAAUUGGAAAAGUUUGGCCAGUUCAUGAGAGUCAUUAUAAGCCAAAUGAAUAUAUUAAGUCCCUAAAGGAUAAGUUAGUACAAGAGAAAAAGCUGUCUAACAUGUACCAAAAGCAGUGCAUUUCCCUAGAAGAAGAACUUGCCCGAAUCCGUGAGGAAGAGGGAGUGAGGAGAGAGAUCUUCAAGGAUCGCUCUAACAAGAUGGGGAAGCGUUUACAGGUAAUGACAAAACGCUAUGAGGCCUUGGAGAAUCGGCGUGUCUUGGAAGUCGAAGGCUUUAAGACAGAUGUUAAGAUUCUCCGGCAGAAACUGAAGGACUUGGAGCAAAUGCUCUAUAAGGCAACGCUUAAUGCCCGGGCAAACCAGGACCUCGCCAUUCUGUGUGAGGUCCGCGACAGCAACAGACGGGCACAUAAGAUCCAAGGAGAACUGAAGAACCUCAAGUCCAAAGUAUUUGGUCUGGAGAAUGAACUUAGGCUUUGCUGAUGCUUGCUUUUAGAAGUGGCCCUCACCUGGAAUGAGUCUGCUUUCUGAAACCUGAGACCAAGGCUGUCUGAUCCCAGAAACUAGGCAGAGUUGACUAGAGUGGUGGUAUCCAUUGUUAUAAAGAUAGGGUGAAGAAUCAGGGACCACUAAAAUAGCUGUUCUCUCAUGCUAAGUUUUAUCAAUAAUUUUUGUUGUCCUAUUAACCUUUUUUGUUUUUUGUUUUUUACCUGGAUUAUAACCUAAAUUACUUAGAGACUUUCCCCUUAUUUCUUCUAUUUAUAAUGACAAGUUUUUGCUUUUUUUAAAGAAGACAGUGACAAUUAGG